GACCUUUUCGAAUACAACCUCGCAGAAUGAAUGACAACAUUUAGCUGUUGUCCUCGAACUUUGGCUCCGUUUUGGAGCCCAUAAACAAUCUACAAAAGUACUGUAAACCCACAUUUAGAAUUAAUACUCUCAACUCUUAAUCUUUUGGAGUAUUGAGAGGGGAAUGAAUCGAGGCAAAACCGACGAACUCUUGUGUGAAAUUCAUGGUUGAGCUAUUCAAGAAUUCCAGUUAUCCCAAAUGGCCUAAAGCGUUCUAUUUGGCAAGAUGUCAAACAAGCGAAUUGAGAGAGAACCAGCAGUUAAAAGUCACGUGACGUGUGCCCCCCGGCGUCCACGCUCAUGCAUUUAUCCGCUGACCAGAGAUAGUGGGUCUCGCGGUAGCCGAUACGAAAGACUUCGCACGUCGACAUACUCAGAUAUCCCAGAAAAUUCAAAGGGACUUGGAAAUUCAACUAAUGCCAAAGUGACAGGAACAAAGGAUGGGAAGUUAAAGACUUCGACUUUUCGUUCAUCCCCACGAUUAAAUAAAUCUCCUGUUAUUCGAAAGGGUAAUGUUGCACAAAAGAAGGAACCUGUUAGAACAUCAAGUCUUCGAGAGGUAUCUGAAAAAUCCGUGGAUAAAAGCUCGGAACACCGGGAGCCUGGGGCUAUAAAAGGGGGGUGGUUUCAAAGGCUGUCACACCCCAUGCUUGCAAAUUUGAAAAGAAAAGUCAACGAAAAGCUUCACAGAGAAAGUGAUGAUUGUGCUCACAACAAUGACGUCAUUAGUUCCAGGCCUUCUCACGAAGGUGUUGAACCACGUGACCCCCACGUGUUGUCAUUAAGGCCCAUAAAAGGAGCGUCCAAUCGGAACUUAAGUGACAACGUCACUAGUGGGAAUACUUGCGAUUCAUUGGCUGUCCGUAAGUUGAGUGACAGCAAAGCGUGCAGUAGUGCUGUCAAUAGUUUGCGCAUUGUCAAUGAUUGGAAAGCUUGGAAAAAUAGAGACGAUCAUUCAGAUGACGUUAAACCAGGGCUUAAACGGGACUGCAAGACUAUGUUUCUCGUCGUUGAUUUACCGUGUAAACUCAAUCACGAGUUCCCUAUGCCAGAGAAAUGGGCACAAAACGCGCACGCAUCAGGUGGAAUACCACAGCUGCUGACUCAAAGUGCCAGCUCGACUGUGGGCUCAGAUGAUUCAUAUGGAAGGGACAUGGAUGGAUUCCUGGGACGAGCAGAGAGUAGCGAGCGUGAAUAUGCUGGCCGGCAAGCUUUGUACGAAAGACUGCAACGCAAAGCGGACGCCCGCAAGGCUGCAGAAUCACGUGAACGAACGUAUGAUGACACGUACAUAUCACGUGACGCAAACGCUAACGAUGUUCAACCAGAGAGCAACAGGGAGACGCCUUGUCAAGAUACUGAGAUACGUGUAAAUGUAAAGAAAAGGCAUUCUACCCAUCAAGUUUUCGGUGAGCUUCCUGAAUCCGUCGAGGCCUACUGUGGCAGACAGACGAAAGGAGAACCCACACCCAGCGAUGGCACGAUCACAUUGACAUACAGUGGUCCACAUGAUGAUCACAGAACCGACUCAGACACCGAUAAUGAUGACACACCCCGUCCCAUCCCUCCAGCGUUAGGCGUCCCCACCCCACCCAGGAAGAACAGUUUUGGUCUCCACGCCAUGGCGCCGUUGUAUCGUGGGCGUAUCUCGGUCCUGGAGGCGGAAAAGGAAGUCCUGCUUGAGAUGAACGCGACUCUACGGGACGAAAACGAGGCGCUUCGGCGAAUGACGUGCUUGAUGACAAAGGGAGACGCUUCGUCUUUGGAUGUGGAGCAGCCCAAUGCUUCUAAUGGAGACUCCAGGCCGUCGGAGAUUUCUCUACUUCCCAGGUUAUCCCACGGGAGACUUCCCAGCCUCGCUACUCUGACCCGCAUAAAUCUCCGCUUCAACCGAGAGCACCAUGGCUGUUUACACAGAGCAGUGCUCAAUGGGAACGAGGAAGAGGUCGAAUCCUUCCUCUCUGCCGGAAAAGACAUCAACGCGCAUGACGAGUACGGAAAAACACCGCUGCACUGUGCUGUAGGCGCACAGAAGCUGAACAUCGUUCUAUGCCUGCUGAGUUAUCGGCCCGACAUUGACGCUCAUGACGACCGCGACGACACGCCAUUGCACACGGCUGUACGCACGGGAAACAUUGAUAUCGUCAAGGCCUUGCUGAAGGAAGGUCACGCAGACUCUAAUAAGGUCGGCAAUGCUGGCUGCACACCUCUUCAUGUGGCAGCACAGCUUGAGCAUGCCAAUAACGUCACCAUCUGUCAGAUUCUGCUUGAUCAUAACGCCAAGCUUUUGUCACGUGAUCACAAGUACAUGACGCCUAUUGCGCAUGCGGCGUUGCAUGGCUCCUAUGACGUCAUGAUUUCCUUAUUCCAUCACGCAAAAUGCCAAGGUAUCCCCAAGGACGACCUGCUGUUCGAGGUGGAUGGGGUUGGAAGCACCUUGCUACAUCUUGCGGUGGAGAGCGGGUCGGCAAGGGUCGUUGAAUUAUGUCUGGACGAAGGGGCCGCACCUCAUUCAGUCAAGAGCCAAGAUGGGAGUACCCCGGUACAUCUCGCGUGUUCUUAUGGGUACAUGGACAUCUUAGACAUCCUCAUGAAGGCAGUUGCGUUUAUUCUCGAUCCUCCUCCUGACCAAGAUGGCAUGCUUCCUAUACACAGAGCCGCGCAGUCUAAUCACCACGAGGUCAUUGCGUACUUGCUAAAGCAGGAUACUGAUCAAGUAGACGCUAUUGACCAUCUCGGACGAACUCCCAUCAUGCUCGCAGCCGAGAACGGCUGCUUCGAGUCUGUGCGAGUCCUCCUCGACCAUAAUGCGAACGUUGACAUCCGGGACUCUGAGAACAAGACUGUGUUGCACUACGCCAUUGGUGUAGCAGAAAUCCUCAAAGAAAUUCUCAAGGAUGUCAAGGCGAACUCGUUAAUUCGCGCCAAAGACCGUCUUGGUAACACACCUCUUCAUUACGCGGCGAGACACGGAUGUGUAAAGGACGUUUCAAUCAUACUCAUGAAGUAUAAAGCUUCUGCAGCGAUUGUGAACGGAAUAGGUGAAAUCCCACUUCACAUCGGGGCCCGGAAUGGCUGGAUCGCUGUGGUGAAGAAACUGACAGAGGGGCGUGGAAAGCGAACAAUGAACGCAAACGACGCGAACGAGCGGACUCCCCUCCACCUCGCCGCCCGGGAGGGGCAUGACGAACUCGUGGAAUUCUUCCUCAAGAGAGGAGCGAGGAUAGACAGAGAUGUCCAAGGUCAGACGCCUCUGCACUACGCAGCACGCCAGGGCUCCAAGAAAGCACUAGAGCUAAUACUAGAAAACAAACCAGACUGUCUGAACGUCACUGAUAAAAACCAGAACACAGCUAUACAUAUGGCAGCGCUGGGUGGCCAUGCCGAGAUCUUGGAAUUUCUGCUGAGCAAACCUGAGCAGGUCGUGUCCGUCAACGAGCGCAAUCAAAACAUCCUCGAUAUCGCCAUUGAGGAGAGGCACGAAAAUGUCGCCAUGAAAAUAGCAGAAAACAAACGGUGGAAGGAAGUCGUCCGAAGUACGGUACACGGCACAUAUACACAAAUACAACUAUUAGUCCGGCACAUGCCAGCUGUAGCAAAGAAAUUUCUAGACCGUUGUGUAGAGACGGAAGGUGACCCAGAAAAAGAGGAUUAUAAGGUCUCGUACGACCUAAAGUUUAUCCAAGGGAUGCCUGACGAGAGAAAAAAGACUAAAUAUAUACGAGAAUCAUUAAUUGCUCUCCACACCAUGGUUAAAUACGAAAGACUAGAAUGUCUUACUCACCCCUUAUGCUCUGUACUCAUGGAUAUCAAAUGGAGAAAGUUUGGCCUUGUCUGUGCUUUUCUAAACCAAGCCGUCUACCUCAUUUACAUAUCGCUCAUCAUGGUGAUAAUGCAGUACAUUGUCAGUUUUACCAAACACAAUAUGGAAAACGUGGCUAGUAACACAACCAUAAAGGAGGAUCCACUGAUCGUUAAGUCCUUCAGGGAUGACCCGUUGAUAGCAGCAGUAGCCGUCGUUCUUAUCAUUGCUUGCGUAUAUAACCUUGCGAAGGAGUUCUUCCAGAUGUUUGACGAGGGCUGGAACUAUUUCUUCAGCAUCAAUAACUGGAUGGAGGUCACGCUCUAUGUCAUGACCUUCGUGACGAUCGUGCGACCGCGUGGGACUGAUCUCGCGGAACUAGCAGUAUGCGUGUUUCUCGCGUGGAUAGUACUAUUGCAUUACAUUAGCAAGUUUAACUAUGUCGGUCUGUAUAUUGUGAUGAUAAGAAAAACAGUGAUGACGGUAUUCAAGGUCUUGAUUAUUCUAUUGAUAUUCCUCGCCGCUUUCGCCUUCUCAUUUCAUGUUAUCACCGUCCCUCUUACAAACGUCGAAGUGGCUAAGACAAGAUUCUCCAAUCUCUCUGCCUCUCUCGCCGCCACUUUCUUCAUGAUUUUGGAUAACCUCCGCUAUGACGAGAUUGUCUUGAACUACUCCGUCAAUAGCACCGGCACCAGCACAGGCUCCGCUAUCGUACUCAACAUUCUCUUCAUCUCUUACUGUUUUAUGAUGCCGAUCAUCUUCCUUAACUUACUGAUCGGUUUGGCUGUCGGUGAUAUCGACAACAUCAGAAAAACAGCAGCGAUGGAGAGAUAUACUAGCCAGGUGGAGCACUUGUCCCAGCUGGAGAGGGCGUUGCCCACGUUUAUUCUCAGCAAGGUGCAGGUCACCGAAUACGUGGAACACCCGAACAGAAAGAAAAACUUCAAAGAUAAGAUUGUGAAUCUACUUGUGAUGCUGCUGUCGCCACGGCAGGAGCAGGACAAGAAGCUUGAACAUCAGACGAACAUGGAAGAGAGGGUUCAGAGGCACGAGGCAGAGUUGCGGGAUAUUUCUGCGAUUCUUCGCAAACACUCAGUUCUUCUUGAAGAGUUACGCGACCUUCUGCAGGAUAGAAAGAUACGCGGAACCGUCAGUGGUGAAGGAGUGGAGACUGGGCCUACUAAUAGUCCAGAUACUAACAGCGAAUUUUUCGUGUAAGCGCUGGAGCAAGGAUCUAGAAUUGAUCUAGAAUUGAGCAAGGAUCUAGAAUUGCCGACCGUCUUUAAAUUUCUGGGAAAUGUCUUGGAAAAGGGACGAAUCGAAUUAUUGGGCGAUUUGAGUUGACAGCUUUGUUGAGCUUACACCGUGGCAUUUGCAUGAUGGACCCCUCGAAAAAUCUGACUCAAAGAGAACUGGGUGGUAAUUGAAAAAUCCAUACGGAUCAACUUAGACUAAGUUCAAACAUCUAAUUAUCCAUGAGCCGUAUUCAAUGCAAAUGCAUGCAAAUUGAGUUGAAACAAUCGACUCGAUUCAUUUACAUGUAUUUGCAUUGAAUACGGCUCAUGGAUAAUACGACGUUUGAACUAAGGCUUAGAUACAAAAACAAGGACAUUUAAGCGAGUCUUUAUAAAAUGAAUUGUAAGGAUUUUGUCGGGCUCUGACAAGAAGACAAGCUGACAAGAACUAGAUGACAAUUGGUAUAUCCAUACGGAUCAAAAAUACUUCUUAAAUACGAAAACAAGAACAUUUAAGCAAUUCUUUAUAAAAUGAAUUGUAAUCAUUUUUCGGGCUCUGAGGAAUUGAACGUGUUUAGAAUUCGGACACCAAAUAUUUGCCUGCUGUCCAAAUUCUAAAGACUUAUCUUUUACGCGGAUCAUAUUGUAUACUGAAGUUGUGAAUAAGUAAAAUGAAAACGUUUUUA